UGAAUCUAAAAUGGGGAGGAGAGCCAGCGAGCCAGCUCACUGCGACACUGCCGUUUUCCCUCCCCUCUUCUUUUCAUCCAUUCUCUCCUCUUCCUCCUCUUUCUUUAUCCACCUUUUCCCCUUCUUGCACGCUACAAACGCACAUACUCUCUCUCUCUCUCGUGUUGUUGUUGGGGUUUCAGUUCCUAGGUUUGUUAUUCUGCGGUACUGCACUGGUUUACCAUGAGAGAAUCCUUGUCAUUUACACCAUGAUGAGCUGGAAGCAGUUCUCUAUGUCUAUCAAAAGCUUAGAAAGGCUGUAGUUGUCUCUCUUGCUAUCUCUCCUUUACCUUGUUGCUCUGGUCCAUCCUUUUUUUCAUCUAUUUUGUGUUCAAGAUUUUAAAUUCACCUAGGAGAACAGAGAUGAUGCUUGUAACUUGUGGAUCAGGUUAACUUUGCUAUGAACUUUCAUUUCAAUUGCACAACCCCUGAUCAGUCACGGCAAGACUGCAAAGCAAGUUCAAGAUGCUAUAACGUCUCUUUUGUCAAUAGUCAAACGCUCUAACACAGACUCAUCUUGUUGGUUGGUGUUUAUGGUCAUGGAGGAAGGGGUAAAGGGAACAAUAACGUCCCUUUCGUCCAUUUUCCCAGUUGAAGAAGCCCAGAAGGCUGCGAAGCGAGUACAAGAUGCAAUUGCAGACCGGCAGAAAGAGCUGGAGCAUCUUCACAGCUUCAUCUCUGACAACAUCAAUCUUGUCAAUCUUGUCCAGAAACUUCCCGAUGAACUCUUCCAUGAUGUCAUGGUUCCCUUUGGGAAAGCAGCAUUCUUUCCUGGUCGUCUGGUUCACAGCAAUGAAUUCCUGGUUCUUUUAGGAGAAGGGUAUUAUGCUGAACGGACUUGCAAACAAACUAUAGAGAUUCUACAGAGGAGAGGAAAGUUUUUGGAGUCCCAAGUUGAGUCCCUCAAGGCCAACUUGAUGGACCUUAAAGCUGAGGCUUCAUUUUUUGAUGCUACAGCUGCUGAAGCUGCUGAAGGUCUCGUUGAAAUAAGGGAGGACUAUGUUGAAGAAAAUCCUGCAGAAAAGAUGCCUAAAUCAGGAUUAUCCAAACCAGAUUCAUCUGAAGCAGAGAAUGUGAAACUUGUUGCUGAAGAUGAAGAGUAUGCUCGAAUAAUGUCUAGGUUAGAUGAACUUGAGAAAGAAGAACUUGCAGCUCAAAGUGCCAAUGAGGAUGAUGAUGAGGAAGCUGAAACUGAUUUUGGGUGUUCAAUUAAUCAGGAAUCUUUUGAUGAUCAUUUCAAAAGUUUAGAGUUAAGGAGUCAAGUACUGCAGUCGAAGGUUAAAACUCCUAUAACCACUGCAACAAAAGAGCCUUUAGGAGGAAAUUUCUUGAAGCAAGAUUCCAGUGAUCACCCUCCUUUGAAAGUGCAGUUUGAAGAUUCAAAGAUUCAUUAUGUCCCUAAAGCAUAUAAUAUGGAGAAGUCUGAGGCUUUUGGGAAGCCAUUAUCUGUAUCAAAGGAGAAGAUUCAUGCAGCAUCUGUCUCUACAAUUGAGGGUUUUAAGGAUACAGUUAUUGGUCAUCCUGAAGUGACUGCUAAUUAUAAAAAGGUGUCUGGAGAUACUUCUUCACUCUCUGGUUCUAAAACAAGCUUUGAUAGUUCCAAGGCUUUUACAGGCUCCAUUAUAGAGCACGCUUAUAAUUCACAAACAAAGCCUGCUGAGCAGACAGUGACUUCAUCUCAGUCAACUUGUUCACGACCUACAAAACCGGUUUCUAGGUUCAAGAUGCAGAAAGGUGGUCGUUGACACAGGUGCCUAGGUGGGAACCUGCUGUACUAUUUGAUUAAAACAUUUAUAUUUCUGAUCGUUGAACAUGCUAGACCGUGGGAGUUGCGGUUGUUGUUGUACUUGAAAUUGGCAAACACCCACCAAGAGACGAAGAAACCCAAGAUUUGCUUCAUGGUUGCUGCAAAGUUCUUCAAUACAUUAGAAUGUAAUUUGGAUAAUUUGGAUUAUUAGAUUUCACAUAGAACAAAGAAACCUUGGAAAAGGGAAAUGAACUUGAGGCAAAAUCAUCUUAUGAGCCAAUGAUCAGAUUAAUCUUUUCUGAAACGUUUCCUUCCAUUUUCACGAAGAGAUAAUGGAAUCUCGGUAUAGUUGUCCUUGAAAACAUUUACAUACAUCAUGGCACACAAGUAUGAACUGGACGGUAAUCAUAAAAUUUUGAUAGAACUUUUUUGA